AUGAUUUCUGACACAAUAAAGAAUAAAAACAACAACAGGAUGUAUGAAAAGUCAAGAGAAACUAGUGUAUAUUUAAUUGAACCGGAUGACGGCGAUAUUGAAUAUACUAGAGCAUUAAAUAGACUAUCCUCUACAUCAUCCGUAUCACCCAGUUCAACAAAAUCUCUUGUAUUGUCACCCUCUCCAUCAAUGUCACUGCAAAAAUUAGCCCCGGAAAUCUUGGAAUCAAUAUUUAUUUAUCUUCCGAAGCCAUGUACCGCCGCGCCGGUGUGUCGACUAUUCCACCUAAUUGUUACCUUUUCAAAAUCAUUUAAACGGCGUUGGCUUCGCCAAUGGCUUAACCCAAAACUUCCAGAGGCAUUCAUGCCAACAUACUCUGACCUCUGUCUUGCAAUCGAGUCAAAAACGCCAAUCAACAUUUUGGUUGAGAUUGUUAAUCUUCAGAUACUUGGAAAACGAGCACUUUGCUCUUCUAGAGGAGGCCACGUUAUGCGAUUAGUUGAUGCAGCGUAUGCACAUACGGACAGCAAAAAAUUAAUCCCAUUUCUGAUCAAGAAGGGAAUGAGACUUGACGUUUAUAUUCAAAAUCACUCAACACGUGAUUUCGAGUUGACUGAAGGAGGAAAUGAAGUUGAGAAACGAAUGACAAAAGAUUAUUUCUCGGUGUUGAUUUUCGCGCGUCAACAUUCUUUUGAAUUCUACAAUCAAAUUUUGGCAUCAAAAAAUUAUUUCAGCGAAACGGAUUUAGCAUUUAGUAUUGUACUUCAUGAAAGAUUCGACGCAGCCGAUGCACUUUCUCUACACAUGCAACACACGCUAGAUGUAUUGGAUGAAAGUGUAGAUCGGCAAUACACGAAUGGAAUAGCGUGGGCUUUCACGCGAGGUCUUAACGAUGUUCAAAAACGCAAUCCGCUCUACCUUCGAAUAUGCGUCGAGAAGGCAGAUGUAAAAGCUGUCGAAACGUUAAUAAUUAACGGGGCAUUAAUUAAUAUUUCACCAUCAUCAUAUCCAAACGAUCCAGGUGCAUUUGGAUCCACUAGUUUUCUCGAAUUUUCGUUGCAAUGUUUCUUCGCCUGUCAUAAAGAACAAGAAAAGAACGACGCGAGACUCGAGAUUGUUAAACUUUUUUUAAAUCAUGGUGCAGAUCCAAAUGCUGACGAUGGACGUCCAUUGGCACUAACAGUCACCAAUUAUAAUUGGGAAUUGACGCAAUUAUUAUUGGAUGCUGGUGCUGACCCGGCUUGUGGUAACCAGAUAGCGUUGAAAAUGGCCACGGAGUUGGGAUAUAAAGAUAUGGCAAAGACGCUGCAUCAUCUAAUUAAGGUUGGGAUGAAUAGUAAGGAUACGAGACAUAGUCGUAGUGGAAGUAGCGCAGGACAUAAUCGUUUUCGCAGUGGAAGUAGUGCGGGACAUAAUCGUUUUCGUAGUGGAAGUAGUAGUGAAAGUAGAACGGAACAUAAUCGAAACAGCAGCGAUGAAGAUGAUGAAAAUGGUAACAAAAGCAACAAACGAGAUAGUACUUUAUUGAAAGCGGUACGUAUGAUGGCACACUCCCUUGAAAAAAUACAAAUUCGCCGACGCAAUAGCGAAGGCGAUGCAAAAAAUCACGUCAAUAAGUCAUCGACCACACGGAGAAGAAUGACUUCGUAUAUACCCCAACCCUAG